AUGUUUGGGCCGUUCAGAUUCAGUGCGGUUUUGCAGGCCAGCAAGACCAAAAACAAGCUGGUCACGGCUGUGAAAAAAGGCGUAGUUUUGCCCGACACAGAGAAGUUAGAGGCCAGGCUGAGGAGGAAGCUGAGGACCAAGUACUCGCAGCCCUUACAAGGUCAUUCUGCCAGAGUGAUGGUGUCCAAUCUGCUCAAGAUCCCGCUGGAACAAGUUCCAGAAGUGAACUCCAUGACCGCAUUCAGUCCAGAAGAGCUGAAAAGGCUAUUCAAGACCAAAGUUCAAAGACUCAAAUACAAUAUAUUGGGCACAAAUGCUGUUCAGCUCGGAGACUCAAUGGUGAUAAACCAGAAAACCGAAAAGUUUCUUCAGCGAGAAGACUUGCCGCGCGCGGUGGAGAUAGCGCGUCUGGCUGGCACAAAUGGCGUUUUCGCAUACGGCACGAUCAUGAAGUUCCUGGCCAAAGAGGGCCGUCUGAACAUGAUCUGGGAGCUAUUGAACCAGCAUGUUAAAAAAAGAGGCCUGCGUCCAGAUGGACGUAUGCUGACGAUUUUCUUUGACGCUUUUGCCACUGCCAAACACCCCAACUCGAACACGCCCAAGAUAACCGAGAACCAGGCCGUUCUGGUGUACGAAUUCCUGCUGCUCGAGCUUUGCAAAAAGGAGCCUGUAGCUAAUAUUUUUCACGUUAACACAGCCAUGAAAGCACUCCGACUCGCUGGAAAACACAAGCUUGCAAUCAGAGUAUUCAACAGGCUCAAGGACUACAACAUGCGGCCGGACACCUUCACGUACACGGAGUACUUUUUGAGUCUGCGUCACAGCGACAACUACACGGAAGCGGUGGGCGAGGCAGAAAAACAGUUUCGGGCCGCUCAGAGGCAGAAGGUGAAGCUGGACGUGCAGCUUGUGCAGGCGUACUCGUCAAUUUUCGUGUUUUCAGACGAUCCUCGUUUGCUCGAGCGCGGUCUCCUGAUUCUGCAGCGCUGGUUCAAUGUUUGUUCUGAGUCAGAGAUUGACACAAGUGUUGAUUUCGACAACAUCGACAAAAACAUCACCAUUGGUAGCGGCAGCACCACUCCGCGCAGACUGGCGGACGACGUGGACGCGACGACGAUUCUCCUACCGAAAUCCGAGAUCAACCAGCGCGGGACGCGGUUCGAAGCCACCGAACAAAUUAAAAACCGCCAUGCCACGCUGUGUAAGUAUUUCAAUGUACAUAGAAAAUAA